CCUCCUCCCUCCCGGAGGGGUGUGUUGAGGGAACCAGGAUAAGCCUGGGGCCAGCAUGAGCCAGAGGGAGGGAAGUCUGGAAGACCACCAGUCUGGCUCCUCAAUCUCAUUCCUACCCCAUUUGGAGGCCAAGAUCCGCCAGACACACAACCUUGCCCGCCUCCUGACCAAAUAUGCAGAACAACUGCUGGAAGAAUACGUGCAGCAACAGGGAGAGCCCUUUGGGCUGCCGGGCUUCUCACCACCGCGGCUGCCGCUGGCCGGCCUGAGUGGCCCGGCUCCGAGCCAUGCAGGGCUACCGGUGUCUGAGCGGCUGCGGCAGGAUGCAGCCGCCCUGAGUGUGCUGCCCGCGCUGUUGGAUGCGGUCCGCCGCCGCCAGGCGGAGCUGAACCCGCGCGCCCCGCGCCUGCUGCGGAGCCUGGAGGACGCGGCCCGCCAGGUUCGGGCCCUGGGCGCCGCGGUGGAGACGGUGCUGGCCGCUCUGGGCGCUGCAGCCCGCGGGCCCGGGCCAGAGCCCGUCACCGUCGCCACCCUCUUCACGGCCAACAGCACUGCAGGCAUCUUCUCAGCCAAGGUGCUGGGGUUCCACGUGUGCGGCCUCUAUGGCGAGUGGGUGAGCCGCACCGAGGGCGACCUGGGCCAGCUGGUGCCAGGGGGCGUCGCCUGAAAGUCAAUACUUGUUCUUGCAAGCUCGAUCUGUCUCGCCUCUUUGGCUUCAAAUUCUCUGUCUCUCCAAUGUGUCAUGUGUGUUCUUGGGCUGUCCCUAUCUUUCUGCAUUUGUGUGGUCUCUUUCUCUUCUGCUCUCUCCGCAGGGAGCUUCUUGUGCCCAACAGUUUCUCAUUUUGUCUCUUUCUCUCCCGUCUUGAACUCCCCUGUCUCUGAGAGGUUUCUUUUUGUUUCCUUGUCUCUUGGUUCUUUGCUUGCUUGCUUGUUGUUGAGACAGGGUCUCACCA